CUCACGAAUUUUUCAGUAGUCCUACUAAAUGUACUGUGGGGGUAAUGAAGGGAAACGAGCAGCUGAGUUAUAUAGAUGCAUCUUAAGACUGCAAUAGCGUUCUCAAGUGUUUACUGUUCCUUUUCAGGUGCAGAGCAUGGAGAAUGAUGAACUUCCGCCAGAGGAUGGGCUGGAUUGGUGUGGGGCUGUACUUGUUAGCAAGUGCUGCGGCUUUUUAUUACGUCUUUGAAAUCAAUGAGACUUACAACAAACUAGCACUGGAGCACAUUCAGCAACACCCCAAGGAACCACAGGAAGGAACCACAUGGACACACUCCUUAAAAGUACGACUGCUAUCCUUGCCGUUUUGGCUGUGGACAAUAAUAUUUUUAAUACCAUAUUUACAGAUGUUCUUGUUCCUCUACUCCUGUACAAGAGCGGACCCCAAAACUGUUGGGUAUUGCAUCAUUCCUAUCUGCUUGGCUGUUAUUUGCAAUCGUCACCAAACAUUUGUGAAGGCCUCUAACCAGAUCAGUAGAUUACAACUGAUUGACACUUAGCUCAACUUCUAGUGUCUGUUGCUGAUUUGAAGCAAUUGCACAUGCUUGAUCUAAUCACGAGACUGAAGUUCUGAGUGAAGGCCAGAAGGAGCCUUUUCUUUCAAACUGAUAAGCAAUGAAGAGAGUAACUGUUUUCUAUUUAAAACAAACGAGUAACUACAAAGGUUUUUAAUUAUGGAUCUAUCAAGUGGCCAGAGUGGAGAGCCCUGUGUGACAUGUGAUGGAAGUAUUCCUCAUUUUGCCUUAAUGAUGCAAAAUUGCGACUCUCCAUCUGAAAUGUCCUGUGGGAAAACGUGUUUCUGGUCCACAACUUUAUUCCUCUGUACAAAAAAGUGAUUUCCUAUGCUUUCCCUUGGAGUGAAAUCAGUGAGAUACUUCUUUUGUGGUAAAUGUAAAAGGAAAAAAGAAAUUAAGAAUGUGAUUAUAAAAGCUGCACUUAACACAAUUCUUUGCUUUUUUUUUUUUUUUUAAUUAUCUACAUCACUGCUGUUUUUAAUGAAUUUUUGAAAAAUAAAUUUAGAUACAAAAUCAGGAAGCAAAGAAUAAAGUUUGUGCAAACCUUUAAAGGGAAAAAGUACAUUUUUUCCUGUGGUAGCCUACUUGUUUUCAGUCACAACAGUCCCACACUGUAUUAGGCAGGCAGUGAGUUGUGAUGCUUUAAACUGUUCCUAUGACAUCAAAAGCAGCCUAUGCUGGCAUUGGUCUGUAGUCUGCACAAAAAUUCUUCUGUGUUCCCUUCUCCUAUCAUCUUGCUUGAUAAAAUUACAAGUAACUGAAAUUUAUGACCAUUGUUAUUUCACUCCAGACAUAAUGCAAAACCAUGUUUACAGGAGAACUGAUAUAUUAGGAAAAACUUUGAAUUUGGGAAAGCUUAACUGGUUGGGGGAUGCUACAAACAGGAUGUAAGACAGAUAUGAAUCAUGUUUCUUCCAGAAAUUCAAAGAAGUAAGAUACCUUCUUAUUCGUGUAAUGAAUGCAGAUUUCUUCAGUCAUACUGAAAUUCCACCAAGAUUACUUUGCCAUAGUUUCAACCUCUGUUUUUCAAUGCUAUUUGGAAUAGCAUAUUUUGAGUAAGACUGAACCUGUUCUUUCUUUGUUUUUUCUGAGAAUAGGUAUUUUUUUAUUCUCAAAUUUUCAGCCAUGAUGGAAGUAACAAAUGUGAAAACAGUGCAAAAUACACUUCUCAGAAGCAGUAGGCUCAAAAGAAUUAUGAACUAAACUCCUUGACUAUAACUUCCAACUGUAUGUGAUUGUCCAUACCUAAUCACAAACGCUAAUCCAUUUCUGACUGCUUUAAGGGAGUCCUGGAGUGUCGUCUUUCUGUUGCUUUCAAAAGAGAACACUAUUUUCAGUGUUGCUGUGUUUAAGCCUGGCAGUUCCAACACCUUAAAUUUUCUGUUUGUACUUAUUUGAGAUAUUUUGAGACAUUGGUUUCAAUUGUCAGCAUUGGUGCUAGGACCUGAAAACAAGUAGACUUUGCAAGAAGGUUUGAGUUCUAAGUGCAAUAUGAAAAGGAGGAAGCUGCCAUCUUGGUGUACUGGUGUAAGAGUAAAUUAUAAACUCUUACAAGUAGUUAGUAUCUUGGGAAGUCAGAGCUUUUAAGUUGUGUUCUUUCUCAACUUUUAAAAUCACCAUGCUAUUUAUCUAUAAAAUAAAAACUUUUCAAUGUUUAUAAACACAAGUCUAUUAAUGCAGAUAUUUAUCAAUAGCUUUUCAUUUUUGUUGUUUGCUUUUGGUUUAGUGGGGUUUUUUUUUGCACGUUUAGUGCCAAACAGCAGUGCUGGCCAUCGGUUGCUGUAGCCUGUGCUCAUGUCCUUCCCUCAGCAUGCAUGUUCAGUUCAUCUUUUGUUUUCCUCUUAUGCUCUGUGCCCUAAUUACUUGUUUGUAGCCUGUAAUUUUGGGGCUUGCUGGAUGAAACUGAAUCCUGUUGCUUCUUUACUUUUGUGUAAGACAGAUACCUCUGGCUGGACUGUUUUUAACUUGAUGUUGUAGUUCUAAACUCAACAAUUACAUUGUGUGCAGACAGAAUUAUUUGAAGAGCCAAGAGCAUAAGAGGAAGCGUCAAAAAUAGAAAAUGAUAGGAAGAACUGCCUCAUUUUCUGUCAUGCAAGCAUGUGACCCUUGGCAAAUAAAUUAGCAGGCCUGGUGGGAUGACCCAAGUCUGGAUGGGGAGCAUGUGCUGGGCAUGGUGGGGACUUGCAAAACCGAGGCCCGUGUUCAUAGACUUUUCCAUCAGAAGCCUAGUUUUGGAUUUAGAGCUGUUGACAGGCAUGUGCUUUGCAACUAACUGUAGAAAAACACACAGUCUAAUUCAAGCAAAUACUGUGUGUGUAAGGAUUUGAGCUUGAAGUGGAAAGCAGCAGGGGAGAACUAUUAACAUAGUGUAUACAAAUACUAGACAAUGGGAGCAGAAGACCUAAGUUACCUCUGCUGGUGCUUCCAGCAUUUUUGGCAACAGGGGAACAUCAACAGGUGAAAUCUUACCCACAGGGUAAAUAAAAGGAGAGACUAAAAAUUAAUGAUAAAUUGGUUUUUACUGUAGUAUUUAAAAAAAAAUAAGUAGUGAAAUAACUUUCAGCUUGAUUAUUCUGAAAAUUUAUAGGUAUUGUCAAGGCUGAUUAUCUGAGGCACCAAAGACCUGCCUGUAACAGGAAAUGACAUCUACAAACUUGUGGGAUAAUCAAGCUUGAAGUUUUGCAAUGUUCUGAGUUUUCAUGUUCUGCCAACAAAGUGAGUAGCUGUAACACAAGGGUGAUUAAUGAUCAUCUCUAUGCCAGUUACCCUGGAUUUCUUCGUAUUCAUUUGUGUCACAAGAUAAAGCAUUGUCAGACUUCUAGAACAUUA